CAGAGCUGCAUCCAGAUAACUAGGUCUGUUCAUUUCAAUCAGUAAAUAUGUUUAUAUUUGACGUCAUUCCAGAACUUGCAAUGCCUGCCCAACAUCUACUUGUCAGGCAAAGACCACUGCUACUUCUAGUAACAAUGGGGGUGUCAGCUCAGGUGCACUUGCAGGUGCAGUCAUUGCCAUCGUUCUGGUCCUUGUAGGAGCUUUGGUACUCUAUUUCUGGUACCGUCGUCGUGCUAGUUCCCGUAAGGCCCUAGAGCAGGCACAGGAAACCAAAGACGAAGCCCCCGCCCCUGCAGAAGCAGUUCUCAAUCGCCCAGAUCCCACUGAAAAGCCGCAGCCACCGAUGCCUUCCGACCCCAAUACUGUUAGAGUGUUCGUUUCAUCAUCAGACAGCGUCAUCGACCUCGAUCCGCAGUCCCGGGGUCCAUCCGCGACCGGCACUGCCUCUCUCAACGUUCCUACUACUCAACCUAAUCCCUUUGACGAUGGUAACUCUAUACAGACCACGUCAACGGGUACAAAUGGCACAAACGUCAUCCCUAUUGCCCUGGUAUCCCCCGGCUCUGCGUCAGCUGAUUCUGUGACACCUUCAUGGCCUUCAGGAUCUGCCGCAACCUCAUCUCCUGUCCGGCCCGCUCGGGCACCCGACCUGUCCUUGAAUGACAAUGCUUCUGCAGUGUCUGACCAAUCUUUGCGUACUCCAAAUCCGUGUUACGCACAGAGUCAGCGCUCAGGAUCGUCGAGGAUGUCAUACAUGUCAAACGCAAGUUAUUCUAGCGACUUCCUCAAUGAAGCACCGAUGAUUAUCACGCAAGGCCAAGGUGUUCGGCAGGUUGUGGGAGUCGUUAAAGCAGAAGUCAUUCAGACCUCUGGUCCAUCCACACCAGUAUCAUCACAUUUAUCCGUGAACAGUAUUCCGUCUGUUGUUUCUCGCCCUUCGAUUCGUUCACCCCUUGCAGCCAGCUCUUUUGGCCCUGCUGAUGCCUUGGAUGAGACAGAGGAAGAACAUAAUACAUCGCAGCGCACCGACCCGUUCGGGGAUCAUCACGAAUUCGAAGUCCAUGGUGACAUCUCAAAUCAACCGCGCCCAGUGUCGGAAGUUUCUCUCCAAUUACCCCGUCUCCCAUGGUCCACUAAUAAUGGAGAGAGUCGUCCAUCCAGCAUCAGCACUCAGGCCGGGUCUAUCAUAGAUAUUAGCAGUGCUACGCGUGUCAAUGUUGGACUACUGUGCCCAAAGAACCCCGACAAGUCGCCCAGGACAACCAUGGGUAGACUGGUAUCACCGGCCUCGGCGCAGACUUCCAGCCAGCCAGCAUCCCUUGAGGAACAGCAGCAAUUAGCUUUGGCACAUGCACACGCACAAGCCCGCGCCCAGGGCUUGGAUCGCAAGCGAAUCUCAGGCUGCUCGGUUGUUUCUGCCACCUCAACGCGGGCAGAUUCUAUUCUCGAGUCAUUCCCUUUCGUCCCUCCUUCGCCCAUUUCAUCACUUCCUGUCCGUUCUCCGCCGCGUUCUCCUCUGCACCAACGGUUCUCUGCUACACAGUCACAGCCCCCAGUCUUUGAGGCAGCACCUCUUUCACCAUCCCCUGCACAGGUGCAGGAUACCACUCCUUCAGACAUACCAGAAUCCGCAGAGACCCAACUGCCCCCGUUAGACCCCCCUCCCAGCCGCCGGACCUUGGGACUGUCCACAGUUUCUCAGGUUUCCACGGCAUCAUCUGGUCUCGGACCAUUCCCAUUCCAGAUUGAUUCUGGAAGUCAUGACGGUAGCACACCACCAUCUGCUUUUCAAGGACGUCAAAGAGCCAGCUUGGACACGCUUGCAUUGAUGAGCGAUUUGUCUUCAUAUCCUCUUAGCUACGACCGGGAUGAACGAGAAAGCUUUUCUCGACAAAUUACUAAGGGUUGAAGAGCCAAGAUCUGUGUGCUCUCAAUGUGGACGCCAUGCUUCUGGACCGCUUCGACCAGCUGGCCUGACGGGGUUGUGUUAGGGUUGUGUACAUGAACUGUUGUAUUCUGGGCUUCUUCCUCCUAUACUUGGUAUGGGCUUUACUGCUCUCGGUUUUUUGGAAGGUUUUAUCUAGGUAGUGCUCACAAUUUUACUUGCUAAGUUCUGCUUCUUCGCUGAAUGAUUUUCUUUUUACGAAGGAGUUUUAUUCUUCGGUCUGCGUUGGUCAUUUAUUUAUACAUUUUUAUGUUUUAGCUGCAAUAUUGGCUAAUCCCGUCUUGUGACAAAAAUGUCACAUUGCAAUAUCAUCACACCUUUGAACUCGA